AAAUACCUACCUAAAUAUUUGCAAGUUUUCAGGAAAUUUCUCAAUUUAUUAAAUUGAAUUCAUUAUUUGCAAAACUGUGAACUAAUAAACAAAACACAGUUUUCUACGACAGUUCAGGAUCAAUCUCGGUUGACGCAACGCAAGAUCAAUCAACGCUGCAAGUUCUAACAGUACCACGAAUUGUAUCGGUCGUGUCGAACGCUGAAAUAUCCUCGUCCAGCACCACUGCUAUAAAUGCAGAUGAGAUGAUUGCUGUGCAAUUUUUGAAUACUGAGGAUGAGCUCCUAGCCGAUGCCGUCGUGGAUACACAAGAUGAGCCUAAGUUGAGCACCGUUCCGAAUGCUCAUAACGUUGAUCGACCCUCGGAAGAUGCUAUAAUACACGAUCCCCUCAACAACACACCCUGCGAACAGCAACAGAAUGAAGAAGAUUCAAAUCCGUCAACAGCAAUCGAAAAUUGUGGUGAACAUUCGAUCAAGUGUAGUGCUUCGGACGAUGUGGAAAAUCUAUCCCCGAAUUCGAGUAUGAAACGCAACCUUCCCGAUGGCACAAAGCUACUCAAAAGUUCUAAGAAACACGCAUCGACAGAAAUGAAAUUCCGUUGUUUCAACAUCAAUUGGGAGAAAAUCAGUGACAACAUUCUGGAUCGCUUGCGCGCUUUGGAUGAUUUUAAAAAAGCUAAUCCAGGAGUCUACACUCCCCCGUCUGUACGUAUCGCUAAGACCGAAAUAACAACUCUCACAAACGCGAUUGUUGAUCAAUUGCGUACAAUUGACAAUCAGAUAAGAGCAGACAUAAUGGAAACUGUAGCACGUCAAGUUUUUAAUAAAUUCCCGGCCUUGGACUAUACGGACGACGACGGAUUCGGCGCUGGUCAAGGCUACAUCGAAAUGAAAUAUAAAAUGAUUAACAGGAACAAUUACUUGAAUCGAUUUAAAAGCGCGCAAGCACCUACGGCUAAUAUCGACAUAAGUUUGAAGAAAAAGCGUAAUGCUCGAGCCGGUACUUUAAAAGAGUACUGGGAAAAAUCGUCCAACAAAUGCGACAACACCUUGAUCUCAAUUCUGACUCGAGACGAAACUCAACUAUUGACGGACGAUUUUCUGGUUCAAACGCAGUCCUUCGUAAGAUACAAGUUAGAUGAAAAAGUUGCCACAGGAAAAAUGAUUGCUCAGUUACCGGUUCUACGCCGUAGGUCAUUAUUGACAUUUCAUUUCGAGAAGGCUACCGGAGUAAAAAUCGCUGAUCUUCGGCGGUAUUUUACGUCUAAACGAGACAAAAUCAUACGUUUUUCUUUGACCUGCAAAACGGAUUUACAUCUAAACAACUUGUCAUCAGAUCGAGAUAUAUUGGAAUUCUUGUGUUCGCUGGUGGGAGAGAACUUCGGAGAUUUAAUCGUUCAUAAAGAGGUUGGCACUCGCAUUGAGGACAUAGCAGUUGACACUUCAGGACCGGUGCUAGUAGCUGUUGAUGUCGGCAAUGGCAGAACAGUUAUUUACGUAUACGCGAAUGGAAUACGGGUGUCCGAGGGAGCGAGUGACGUGAUCGCAGCUAUGGAAGAUCUUUUUAUGAUUCAUUUUGUCCAUAAUUUUAUGUACGUAAAAGCUUUGUCAAAGUUCUUGGAGCUAAUCCAAGAAUAUUUUUUAAAAAUCAUCACCUUUGUUGCGUCAAAAUCGGCUGCUAGCCGCGUAGGCCAAAGGCAACGAAAAGUGCGGAAAGUAAUUUCCGCCUUAGCUAGCUUUGAUGUAAGGGAUUAAGCCAAGUGAAAGAUGUGUAAAAAACUAUAAUCAGAUGAAAAAUAAAACAUGUUAAGAUGCGAUUAUCUGUUGAAUUGUUUCAUUAAAUGAUAG